AUAACUUUUGAAGAGAGAGUUUAGAUUUGAAAGGGCAAAAAAGAUGCCACGUUGCGCGCCACUGAAGGCCACCUCAAAAUGAAGUUGUGGAGGCUGAGGCUUCCGGCUCUGCUUCGCUGCCGAGAAAACUGGACCAUUCUCGAAGAACCACUCUCGCUCCGGCUUCGUUCCUUACUGUUCCUAAAAAUGGCGGAAUAUGGUGAAAUCACAGCGGAUCCAACCAUUGAAUCCUGCAGCAAGGAGGGAUGCGAUUCGAAAUUCACGAAGCAUUUCGCCGAUGAUAUCAUACCUCACAUCCUCAACCUGUAUGGAUCUACUGCAACGCCUCGGGAUUUUGAAAUCUACGCUCCUGAUGCUUCGUUUGAGGAUCCACUUACAAGAGCUUACGGAGUGAAGGAAAUCAAAUCGGCAUUUUAUUCUCUGUCCAAGGUCUUCAAUGAAUCAAGAAUUGUGGAAUAUAAUGUCAAAGAACAACUUAUUUCCCCUGGAAAACACGAGAUUAUAGUCGAUAAUAAGCAACACUACAAGUUUAUGGGAAGAAACAUAGAUUUGGAAUCACUCAUCAAGUUGCAUGUUGUUGAAGGAAAAAUAGUUCGUCAUGAGGACUGGUGGAAUAAGAAACCACUUUUGAAUAGAGAAACAGUACAGUUACCAAUGGUUGGUCGAAUUUUGGAAAUGACUCGGAGAUGUACGAUGUUGGCGACUCAUGCAAUGAUGAGAUUUGGAAAAGAUUAAACUCUAUCAAGCCCAUCCAAUACACUGAACCAUUAUAGUUUAGAGUUACACUUUGUAUCUCCUCAAUGGAAAAGAGAACAUUAGUCAGUCAAUUAUAACUAUUACAAGUUUAUAUUUUCUCAAUUUCGUUUUGAAGAUAAUGUACAACGGUUGAUCAUUCCUGUGUAGCUUCUUGAGUAUGGUCAUGAUGCUUUGAUCCUUUAUUUUCUGCGAAAACGGUUGAUACGCUAUUAAAUUUAUUUUCAAUUAUUAGCUUAAAUUUUCAUGUCAAUUAGUGAUUUAACAUGGUAUAAGAGUAGAAGGUCAUGUGUUUAAAUCCA